CGAGAAGGCGUUAAAACCCCGCACCCUUGAAUCCUUUAACCCUUCAAGCCUUCCGACCUUCUGGCUUGAACUCCUCAACUCAUCCCACUCGACCCAUCGACCAACAUUCACACACAACUCCCAAGUAGACCACCAUAAACAAGCAUCUACACCAUGGCUUCUGUCACCGAGAGCCAGAUCGCCAUCGUCAAGGCGACGGUGCCUGUCCUCCAGGAGCACGGCCUCACCAUCACCACCGUCUUCUAUGAGAACUUGCUCCGGGAGAACCCAGCCCUCCACAACGUCUUCAGCAGCAGCAGCCAGGCCACUGGCCGGCAGCAGCGGGCGCUCGCCGGCGCUGUGCUGGGGUAUGCCACAUACAUCGACGACCUCCCCAAGCUGAAGCACGCCGUUGAGCGUAUCGCCCACAAGCACGUCUCGCUGCAGGUGACCCCCGCGCAGUACGACGUCGUCGGAAAGUACCUGAUCCAGGCCAUCGGGCAGGUCCUCGGUGAUGCCGCCACACCAGACAUCGUUGACGCCUGGGUUGCCGCAUACGGCGUGCUCGCUGGCGUGUUCAUCAACCGCGAGGGCGAGAUGUACAAGGCCAACGCGGCCGAGAACUGGGUCGGCUGGCGCAAGUUCCGCAUCACCCGCAAGGUAGCCGAGAGCAACGCCAUCACGAGCUUCUACCUCGCCCCCUCCGACGGCAGCGCCCCGCUGCCCACGUUCUACCCCGGCCAGUACGUCAGCCUGCAGGUGCACGUACCGGAGCUGGGGUACCUCCAGAGCCGACAGUACUCGCUGAGCGAGGGCCCGGACCCCAAGGGCGAGUACUACCGCAUCAGCGUCAAGAAGGAGGAGGCCGUCGCCGAGGCCGGCGUGCCGGGCAUCAUCUCCAACAUGCUGCACAGCAAGUACGCCGUCGGCGACGAGGUCGAGCUCUCGCACCCGCAGGGCGAGUUCUACGUCGACCCGACCGACACCUCCAAGGAGGGGGUGCCCGCGGUGCUGAUCUCGGCCGGGGUGGGCGCCACGCCGCUCAAGGCGAUCCUCGACAGCCUGACGACGGGCCCGGCGCGGCCCCGGCCGGCGGUCAAGCGGCCCGUGUCGUGGGUGCACUCGGCGCGGACGAGCGCGGCGCAGCCGUUUGGCGACGCGGUGCGGCAGAUCUGCCGCGACAACGAGAACGUCACCGCCAACGUCUUCCUGCGCAACCUCGGCCCGGACGACCAGGCCGGCGUCCACUACGAGUUUGGCGACAUGCGCCUCGACCUCGCCAAGCUGGACCGCGAUCGCGACCUGUUCGUCGCCAACCCCGCCGCCGAGUACUUCAUUUGCGGCCCGGAGCCCUUCAUGGUCGAUGUGCGCUCCGCGCUGGCCGCCCUGGGUGUUGACAGGAGCCGUAUCUUCCUGGAGUUGUUUGCCACUGGUGAUGUUCCUGCUUAGGUAGGCUAGGGCGUUAGUGUUAGUCAGGAAGAAGAUGGGUGGAAGAAGGGACGAACGGAAUAACGGGAUGGGCUUUGGAGUAACGGCUUGAUGU